AUCAUUAACCUUUUCAGGAAAAAGCAGCUGGCAGCCCUCUGAGGUCUGGCCAUAGGAUGUGGGGUGAGCCGGACAGAUACUGCCCAGGCGCUUUACAGACAAUUUCUUUACUUGGAGAGCUAUUGUUCACUUGCGUGUAAAAAGAAAAACAGAAAAAAAGAAAAAGAAGAAAAGAAAAAGCAAAAGGAAAGAAAAAAGGAAAGAAAAAAAGAAAAGAAAAAAGAUGAGAUUCCAGCCCCUUUUUUGGGUAUUUUUUAUCUUUGCGAUGAGUCUCCUUUUUAUCACGGAAGAGAAAUCAGUUAAUUUUCCCAGGAGAAGAAAACUAUACAGACACAACUGCUUUCGCCGGAGAUGCAUUUCACUUCAUUCUCGAGUGCCCUUCCCAUGAGAAAGUCACUGAUCUCCUUGGUUACCAGAAGAAGGGUGAAAGCAGACAUACCCAGUCACCUGGAAACGUCCUCAGGAUGGCAACAGUGCGGCAGCUUGGGAGUUACUAUGCAACAGAAGCUGUUUCAAAGUACCUUGGAUGGCUUUUCGGAUCCAGAGACUGCUCUUCCUGGAUUUUCUUCGAUAAGAAAGUAAUAGACAUGGAAGACAGACUAGACUAGAGCACACUCACCUGCCUGAAUAACAAUCUCUCAUCCGUUUCUGCACAUUAUUUGCAUAUGACAUAUGCAUGAUCCAUAGUGGUGGGUUUCAUGAAGGCAUUUACAUACAAGUACAUCAUGUCCUGUGACUAUAAUUGCACACAUGUACAUCACAUUACACUAUUUACACACAUGUAUGCCAUGUGCACUAUUUACACACAUUUACUUUCCUCUUUCUCUCCCUUCACCCUCCUGCUGGUCCCUUUCAUUCGCCUGGACAGUUUUGUUUCUAUUUUAGUGGCAUGUACACAUGAAUGAUUUUAUUGCACAUUAUUAUUCUGACAUGUAUUAAAAAGAAAACUACUUUAAUAUUA